AACCUAGAAACUCAUCCUCUACCUCAUCAAUUAAUAGAAAUUAGUGUGAUGGGGUUUCCAUAGAACUCUGUUUUGUUAUUUCCUCUCAGUACUUUUUUUUUUUUUAAGAGAUAUUUCCUCUCAGUACUCAAACAAAUGAGAAAAUGAUAUUAAUCUCAUACAGUUUUGGGUAUAAGUUAGAACCUUGGGUCUCUGGUGGUGUAUCAAGAAGGUCAAUCACUAGGAUCUCCGGCCGUAUCUAACAAUGGAGAGGAGAGUGGCGAUCGUCGGAGCCGGCAUUAGUGGGCUUCUGGCAUGCAAGUAUGUCUUGGAGAAGGGUUUCCGACCAGUUAUCUUUGAAGCAGAAAGUGAGAUUGGUGGACUAUGGAAUCACACAGUUGAGACUACUAAGCUCCAGACUGCCAAACAACUCUAUCAGUUCUCUGAUUUUCCAUGGCCUUCUUCUGUUAAAGAAGAUUUCCCCAGUGCCAAUCAGGUUUUCGAGUAUGUAAAGUCUUAUGCUACUCAGUUUGAUCUACUCCGGCACAUCAAAUUCAGUUCCAAGGUCACCGGAAUUGAUUAUCAGGGAGCAUCUGAUGAAGAAAUUGAAGCAUGGGACUUAUGGGGUGGCAAUGGUGAGGCCUUUGGCCUUGGAGGGAAAUGGAACGUUACAGUUCUAGACCUAAAUUCUGGUUCAACUGAGGUUUACCAAGUGGAUUUCGCUAUCUUAUGCCUUGGCCGGUUCAGUGGUGUCCCAAACAUUCCAGAAUUCCCCACUACUAAAGGCCCACAGGUGUUUCAAGGAAAUGUGAUACACUCCAUGGACUAUUCUCUUAUGGAUAACACCACUGCUAUAGAAUUUGUCAAAGGAAAACAUGUUACUGUUGUUGGAUUCCAGAAAUCAGGCUUGGACAUUGCAGCUGAGUGUGCCAAAGCAAAUGGAGUUGAUCGUCCAUGUACUGUACUCUAUAGGAAUGUACAUUGGUAUGUUACUGAUUAUCUACCAUGGGGUGUCUCCCUUGGAUUCCUGUACCUGAAUCGCUUCUCCGAGCUAUUGGUCCACAAACCCGGUGAAGGACUUUUUCUUAGCAUUGUGGCUACCCUCCUCACCCCUGUGAGAUGGGCAUUUUCCAAAUUUGCUGAAAGCUAUUAUAGAUCAAAGAUACCCAUGAAGAAGUAUGGAAUGAUACCCGAACAUAAUUUCUUUGAACAAAUAGUUUCAUGUCAACUCUCAACAUUGCCAAAUAAUUUCUACAACAAAGUUGAAGAGGGAAGUAUCAUCUUGAAGAAAUCAAAGAGCUUUAGCUUCUGCAAAGAUGGAUUGAUGGUUGAUGAGGAUGAUGCUCCUCUAAAAUCAGAUAUCAUCAUUUUCGCAACAGGAUACAAAGGUGAUCAAAAGAUCAAAAAUAUUUUCACAUCACCGGCCUUCCAAGAUCGAGCAAUCGGGUCACCAACGACGACGGUUCCCCUCUACAGGGAAUGCAUCCAUCCUCGAAUACCACAACUUGCAAUAAUAGGAUAUUCCGAGAGUAUUUCGAAUCUAUACACAUCGGAGAUGAGGUGCCGAUGGCUUGCACACUACCUUGAUGGUGUUUUCAAGUUACCUAGCAUUAGAGAGAUGGAGAAAGACAUCCUAAGAUGGGAAAAGUACAUGAAGAGGUAUACCAGCAAGUAUUUUCGAGGAUCUUGUAUUGGUCUAACACAUAUAUGGUACAAUGAUCAACUCUGCAAGGACAUGAAAUGCAAUCCAAGAAGAAAGAAGGGAUUUCUUGCAGAAUGGUUUGAACCUUAUGGGCCUAUGGAUUAUGCUAAUCUGUCUCCAUACUGAGUGAUCAGUUAUCACAAUUCUUUCAAGCAAAAUUGUAUUCAAACUGUACAACUAUGUGACCAUCUCCCUCUCUCUCUUAUCAGCUUUAUUGUCUAUUUUGUUUCCAACAAAAGCAAAAAUUUCUAGUAGUAAAGCGCUGCUUUUGGAACC